ACUGAAAGAAUUGGCAAGCUGCCGCCAUGUGUCGAUAUCAGGUCGAUAGCCUCCUCGAAUUUACUGUUGGAAUGUAAUAUGUAAUUAAAGCGUGCAGAAAGUAAAUAGAAUCAACGAACAGCACAGGCCUUAAGAAAUAUAUUUAUUCGCUGUACUGUCCUCGUCGUGAUCCACGAAAAACGUAAAACGACGAGUGUCCACCAAAAAUAUGCGGCGCUUAAACAAUCUUGUGACCCUUUUCACCGCCAUAACUGCCUUCUUUUUUGGCAGUUUUAUUACAAAAAUACUGAGUUCAGUGGACAAAUGCCCGUCCCACCGGAGUGGAGUGCCUAAAUUGGAGCCGCACCCGGAUCUGUUUCUCAUAGUGCUAGUGCUGAGCGGCCCCCGCAAUGUGGAGCAGCGGAAUGGCAUUCGAGAGACCUGGCUUCGAUUGGUGCAGCCUCUGCAGCAGCCAUACUAUCCCGAAGAUCAUAUCUAUUUACCUACCUAUGGCCCCAAUGGGCACUUGCAAAUGGAAUUGGUUGCUCAACAAGCAGUCCGCUUAAGGAAAUUUAUAAGCUGGCAGGAGAGCCUAUCUAGCAAGGGAUCACAAAGAACCCAGCGGAAGAUUAAAGUAAAGCACCUCUUCGCGAUCGGCACUGAGCAGAUACCCAGCGGUCUGAAGUCUGAGUUGAUAAGUGAGCAGGUGCAACACAAAGAUCUCCUACUGCUCCCACGGCUGGCAGACACUUACGGCAAUCUCACAGAGAAAUUGCUGCAGGCCCUGGAUGCAGUGACGCAUCACUUCAAUUUCUCCUAUCUGCUCAAAGUAGACGACGAUACGUACGUUAAAUUGGACCAUUUGCUCAAUGAGCUGAUUUCCUACGAUCGCAAGAUGCUGCGCAAGACACCAGAAUACGGGCACGAGCCCCUGCCGCAGCUCUAUUGGGGCUACUUCAACGGGCGGGCAGUAGUCAAGAGAAAAGGUCCCUGGAAGGAGACUAAUUAUUAUCUGAGCAAAAGCUAUUUACCCUAUGCUCUGGGUGGUGGAUAUGUGCUCUCCCGAAAGCUCUGCGAGCAUGUCGUUAAUAAUUCUCAGCUGCUCUCCACGUACGUUUCGGAAGAUGUGUCGGUUGGCACCUGGCUAUCCCCGCUGCGGCACGUUUAUCGCUGGCACGAUCCUCGGUUUGAUACUGCUUACAUGGCCCGCAAGUGUCAAACGUAUCACUUGCUCUUGCACAAGCGGACUGAGGAAAUGAUGAGAGCAAUCUACCACGGCCAACAUUGUAGCGGAAUUGGCCUAAGCACCCUACUGGCGUACUACUAUGACUGGACGCGGACCUCGGAUAAAUGCUGCGACAGCAUAGUUGUCUAGCCGUAGGACCGUAAGACUGGCGUAUGAUGGCAUAUGGCUAAAGGCAAUCAAUGAAUAGGAAGUAUU